AUGGUGUCGAAACAAUGUCACUGCUCUCACUAUGUGAUACUUAUUUUCCUCCUUUUUGUUAGUCCACAGAGUCCGAUGGAACAUAUGAUGUAUUUUCUACGAUGUUUCCCUUCACUUUAAACUCCAUGUCAUGCCCACUUCUCCAUGCCCAUGCAGGCUUCUCCCUUUAUAGCCGGAUUAGCAGUAGCUGCUGCUGCUCUCGCUGGUAGAUACGGAAUUCAAGCAUGGAAUGCAUACAAGGCACGACCGGUUGUUCCUCGAAUGCGCAAGUUUUAUGAAGGGGGCUUUCAGUCCACAAUGACGAGAAGGGAAGCUGCUCUUAUUCUUGGUGUCCGGUAAGUCCAAGUCACAAACAGAAGAGAAUGUAAAGCUACUCCAUCUUUCUCGUUUUGUAUCACAAUAGCAUUUAGCUAAUGCGCUGACAUCUGGCCGACCCUAGUAGAUAGCUAGCAGCUCUCAUUUCAUGAUCUUGGCAGUAUUCAAAUGUUUGUACAAUUGGGGCAUUGAUCUGUCUGUGCGUGUAAGUCAGUGAGGAGAAUGAAAUCUGAACCACGGUUGAGUGGUGAAAUUUUAACAUCUCUACAUAGAUGAUAUACAGUCUUACAGAAAAGAAUCUGGGAGAGUAAUAGCAAAUAGGGUAUUUCUUGACGGAGCUGGUAUAAUCUCAUAUAUAAAGGAGCUGGGAGAGGAGAUAGAAAAUUAAGUGCAUGUUCUUGGGUCUCUGAUACAAAGAUGUAAGAAGGAAUCCACUUGUGGAGUAAAAUACAACUCAUUGGGUCCUCUGGUGUUGGGCGGUUCAUAUUUAAUCAUUGGGAAGGGUUUUUUUAUUAUUAUUAUUAUUUUAUUUGAGGGCCGGGUUCUGAACUUUAUCACUUAUUAUUUUCCUUUUAGUCUAUUGAAAUCCACACGAGGAUGUUGCUCUGGGGAUUAAACUCCCUUCCUCAAACAUUUCAGUCGCCUUGCCUCUUUCCACUCUACUCUGAACUUUUCUCCACUCUAAUUGUUGUGCACCUUCCUGCAAUAAAAUAUACCUCAAAGCUCUUUCUACGUAUUUAUUUCACUGUGGUCUAUGAAUAUGUAUAAUGAACGAGAAAUGAAACUGCAGACCAAUCCAGAAUAUUUUCUCCACAUUUUUGUACAGGUUAUGGUGCCUUUCGAAAAGUUCGAAACUUCAGAAGUUACUAAAAUAGUGCCAUUUGCCCUGUCUAUAAUCGCCUCAUUGACAGCUUCAAGGCCCAGCCCUAUUAGCCACUGCCUGCUGAUCUGAUUUCAGCUCAGACUGUCUGAGCAUAUUUUAUCAUCUGCUGGUCUUGAGAUCGCAUCUUUGUUGUCUUCACAGGGUUUGACUUUAUUAUUGCCUUGUGGGUUGACCUUUUCACAUAUAAUCAGGGAAAAUGUCAGCGCUGAGAAGGUAAGAGAGGCGCACAGGAGGGUGAUGGUGGCCAACCAUCCGGACGCAGGGGGAAGCCAUUAUCUGGCCUCCAAGAUCAACGAGGCUAAGGAUCUGCUGCUUGGGAAGACCAAGGGCGGGGGCUCCGCCUUCUGA